AUGUUGUCUAUCUUGUUGAACGCCGGGUACUCGUUACUGGAAGAGCGCGCGAAGGCAAAGUGUACAAAGGAGACUUGUCCGUUGUCUCUCUCGGUAUACGGAUACCUCCCAAACAAAGGCGCAACCUACUUCUUUCUCGUCGCAUUCGCUCUAUCAUGUAUCGCGCAUAUUUACCAAGGUGUCCGAUCGCGGUCAUGGACUUUUAUGAUUGCCUUUGGGGUUGGUGCAUUCGGUGAAGCUGCUGGUUAUGUUGGACGGCUUCUACUUCGAAACGACCCAUUCAGUCGAACCAAUCUUACGAUUGUGCUUGUUCCUGGAACUGUAGCGCCUGCGUUUCUGGCCGGGGGGAUAUACUUGACUUUGAAACAUAUUAUCAUAAUCUACGGCCGCAAAUUCUCCCGCCUCGCACCCAGACUCUACACCUGGAUCUUUAUCUUCGCAGACAUAGCCUCCAUCGUAAUCCAAUCUCUCGGCGCCGUAAUCGCCUCCCGCUCCACCAAAGUGUCUCCGGUGGGCAACAACAUCAUGAUGGUCGGUCUCUGCUCGCAAGUCUUCACGCUCCUAAUCUUCGGUCUCCUCUCGCUCGACGUAUUCCUCAAAAUCCGCUCUUUCCAGGGGCAAUGGAACGAAUCCACGCUCGCGCUCCGCAACUCGUCGAAAUUCAAGGGCCUGCUCGCCGCAAUUGUAACCGCGUACGUGACGAUUACGAUUCGUUGUAUCUACCGAAUCGCGGAAAUGGCCGGCGGGUGGCGGAAUCCGAUUAUGCAGGAUGAGAUUGCGUUUAUUGUGCUCGAUAGCGUGAUGUGUAUUGUGGCGUGUUUGGUGGUUAAUGUGUGGCAUCCUGGGUUUUUGUUUCAGCAGAGUUAUGCUACUACGAAGGCGGAGAGGGCGGGGGCUGUGGAUGGGGAGAUGGUUGAGAGGGCGUAG